AUGAUGCCUCUACCAACGCCUACCUCGUCUAAAGAUUCAGUAAAUCUUCAAAUCAAUAAAAAAUUAACAAAAUGAAACAAAACUAUGUUAAAUUUGGAAAAGUUUUCAAAAAUAGGCGUAAACUAUUCCCUGAUGAGUAUUGUCCGCAAACACAAGGGAAUACACAAUUUUUCCUACAGUAACUCGAAAAAUUCCUAAAAACGAUUUGCCGACAAUCAACGGCAAGUAACAUGAAAAAAAUCGUUUUAAUUUUCAAAUCUCAAAGGUACCUCCAACCCCGACUCAUAUAAGCCAACAAGGACCAUCACCCAAUCCGGAAAACAAGUUUUUUAAGCCCUUGAAAUUAAAAAAUGUGUGACAUCCAUUCAGCAAUGCCGACAAGAACGUGAUACCGAGUAGAGAGGGAGGCAAAAAAAGGUUUUAUUUUAUGAAAUUUCAAAAAGAAUGAAAUUAUUUUAAGCCUUGUUACUGCAGUACCGAAUCGCAUGAAGAAUGGGUUUGAAAAUGAUUUUUUUUUUGAUAAUAUUUUUUUAGCUUCUUGGGUUUUCGUUUUCGAGGCCGGCAAGGACGAUAUUUUUCUUCGAGCCAGAUGCCGAUAACAGCGAUGAAGUCAAAUUCUUACAUAUUAGAGCAAAGGUGAGAUGUAAAAUGAUUUGAUUUUUUGAGAUUACAUCAGCAAAAAAAAUAACUUCCAAAUUUCGAGAAAAAGCUAUAAAUAGGAAACUGAGCGAUUUUAUCGAGAUUUUUUGAUAGGAUUUUGUUCAAAUUAUAUUCCCGAAAAGGUAAAAAAAAAUUCAUUUUAUGCGCUGCCAAUUUAUUAUCUUUUAAUCAGAACCUCCUGCGAAAAAUUUUAGUGGCCACUAUAGGGUUUUGACGUUUAGUGGACACUAUAGCAGUCAAAUUAGUGGCCACUAUAGAGGUCUAAGUGCUCCCUCCUAGACCACUAAAAAAAUUUUUAGUGGCCACUUUAGGGGUCAAUGGAUCAACAUAACUGGUCCAAUCUGUUUUUUUUAAAGUUAUCAGAGAUACUGGAAGAAAUACUGGAUGAAAAACUACUUUAGUGGUCCCUAAAUAGAGAACCUCGGUGGCCACUCAAACGGAAAAUAGUGGUCACUAUAGAGGCGGGUUUAGUGGCCACUUUAGUGUCCUCUCCAAGUAGUCCUUGGCGAGCCUCUAUAGCGGCCGCUAAACAUUUUCCCAGAUCAUUUAAAAUUUAUGUUGGGCGCUGUCAACUUUUAAAAGUUCUGAAUUUUAUUUUUUACUGAAACCUUAAUUGGAAAUUGUAAAACGAUUAAAUAUAUUACGGUAGAUGUAUUGAAACUUUCCAUUUUCAGAAAGAAAAUUUUUAAAAAAUCCAUUUUGAAAAAAAGAAAACUUCUUUCCACUGAUUUUUUAUUAAUCCAUGACUUUUCAGUGUUGGCUGCUUAUUUUUUUCUUCACUGGCGUUUUUAUAGCUGUGAUAAAGCAUUAUUCAUAUGGACUUCUGGAGUGAGUCUUGAAAUACUGCGAAAAAGGUACAAAUUAUGAAAAAUUCAGAAGUUUCAAAGGGAAAUGGAAGCAUGUGGAAGUCUUCAUUUUAGUGAUGGUAAAUUAAUUUUUCAAAAAAAUUAUGUUUAAAGGCACUUUAAAAUUUUAAAAAAUGAUUCAAAUUUCAGUUCUGUGAACUUAUGGUCCUCUUGUUAGGAUAUUUCAACAGAGUUCCAAGAUUUUUCGGCUCUCUUGUCAAAAUUCAGGUUUUUCAUCAAUUUUUGAAAAAAUAAAUAAAACUUUCAGCUUUUCAUUCUCGUCGUAGUGACUUUCCUACACGUUGUCGACCUAUGGUAUUCAUUUUACAAAAAGAUUAUAACCGUAAGUUUUUUAAUUUCCAAUAAUUUCAUUCCUUUCAGAAAAAAACUGGGCGCUCCACUUCUUUCCCUAAUUGUUUUUUGGACAUUUUUUGAUCCGUUAUUCUGUAUUUCCAUCCUCUUUAUUAUGCAUCGGUUAUCACGGGCUUGAUUUUUCGAAUAAAUAAAUUUAUUGGAAGCGAAAAAUAUCACAAAAGAGCAAAAAAACGUGAAAAAUUGUCAUUUUCUAUGUAAAUCAGCGUGUUUUAAGGUUUGGUUCUAAUCUAUAUUUCAUAUUUCAGCUUGCAAAAAAAUCUGUAUUUAUAAUUCGAAAAAAAUAAAAAGAGAUUUUUUUUCCUGAAAAUAAAUAGUUAUCGAAUAAGAAAAAGCGACUAAAUUUCAAAAAAAUAUGAAGAAAAUGUGUUAAAUCACAAAAUAUAUUGAAAAAAAUGAAAAUUUUAUCCAAUCUGAACCACGAUAAACAUGAAAAAAAAGUCGAAAUCUGUCCGAAAAUCUUGUCCGGGAUAUUUGAAGUAUUUUUUUAACGCUAUUUGAUAACAAAAAAAGCCGAUUCUGAUGCAAGAUCAUGAAAGACUUCAAACAUCCCUGUAAACAAUUAAAAUAGACCUAAAUAAUAUAAAAAAAUUAAAAAAAUUAAAACAAAAAAAUAAUUUUGGGUUUUUUGCGAAAAAAAGUCGUGCGUUAAAAUGCGUUUUUGUGUGCACACACCGACAAAGAUUCACAUGCGUGUUCAGUGGAAAAUUCCGAAAAAAAAAACCUUGCAAAUUUCUUUGAAGUUUUAGUUAUUAUCAGUGUAUAAUGACCACUUUCCUCAAACAGUUGUAAAAAAAAUGCAAAACGAAAAGAAACACCAAAAAAAAAGAAUUUCAGCCCGAAAUGUUAGAAGAUCAGCCAAUUUUAUCGGAUUCACAUUAUUCUUUAGUUCAGCCACACGUCGAAAUAAGUUAGUUUGAUUCAAAAUACUAGUUUUACACAAUUUUGAAUUUGCAGUCUACAUAUCAGUGGUCCUUUCUGGAUUUCUUGUCUAUAUUUUCACGUCAAUCGUCGCACUUUCAUAUUUAGCAUUCUACUAUGGCGAUGAGGUGGUUUUGAAGAGAAUUUCAAGAUCCAAUUUUUGAUUUCAGAAUGAAGAAGACAAGGAAACAAUUCUGGCAGAAAAUUUGGAAAAUCUCGAAAUUAUAGAAUCCCCGGAAAAAGUGAGACAUGAAUCAGAAAUAAAUAACGAACCGGAAGUCACUCCGAGAAGCGAACAUGAUUGGACUUGAAAUAAAUUUUUGUUUUUUUCGUUGCAGAAAGAUUAUGGAAAGUUGAAUUUCCAAGUAAAAUGGCUGUUCCACUCACAAUAAACUCUUAUUAAAUCCAGAUAACUGGUAAAAAACGACGUCAAACGAGAAAAUUCAGUUAUUCUUAUGCAAUGCGCCACGACAUGCAUUCCACAUCGAAUAUUUCUGUUAGUUAUAAAUCUUUUUUUUGAUUUCUAGAUAAAUCAUUCAGAAAUCAUUAGACGAUUGUGAAACUGGGUACGGUACAGAAAGUCAGCAAAGUUCUCGGUGAGAAGAUUUUCCAAUUUCCUUCCUUCUGACCUGUCUGCGACCUUUUUUCUCUAACCGGCGAGGUCAUAGAAACAAGGAAAUAGUGAAGGAAAUAAGAGAAAUCAGACUGCUUCAAGAAGGGAUGACUAGAGUAUAGUUCCAAUGUCGCGUUUAAAGUACUUUCAAAUAAAAAAAUGAAAAUUUUCUGGUUAAAAGUGACGUCAGAUUUGACUGAAUGUCGUUCCAUGUAGUGACUCGCCAAAAAUCUAGCCGUCAGAGAGUGAAAAAGACAAUUGAAUUUUGGAGACUUAGAGAUGAUUUUGAAGUUUGCGUGAUCACUUUGAACACGGCACCAUAGACGGUUCAAUAAAAAGCUUACGGGAAAAAAAAUCGAUAAAGUGUGAUGAGGGAUAACCCGGGCUAGCACGGGCGCUACGGACAGGCCCGCUGAGAGCCCGUGUGAGCCCGGGUCAACCCUCAAUACCCUUUAUUGAUUUUUUUUUUUCGGCAUUUUUCAGCACGGCUGAGGUAUCGUUUCACCCCAUUUGGGUCUCAGAUUUUCGAAAUGAAGGCAGCCGGGUCACAUGCCCCGCCUCGCACCCGUUGUAGUCCGAGACUAAAAUAGCUUCAUUGGAAACGGGCACACCCGUUGAUACCCCGGACCAGCAUAAGAGAAGCCUAUUCAAAUUUUCAGUGUACCCGGGUUCAACACGGGCACACCCGUUUAGACACCGGACCAGCAUGAGAAAGACCUACUCCCACUUUUCUAAACGCAGCCGGGUCACCUGUCCCGCCUUACACCCUUUGUGGCCCGAAUAAGACUAAAAUAGUUUCAGUGAACACGGGUUCAAAACGGGCACACCCGUUAGGGCCAACAUAAGAGAGUUUUACUUCCAAUUUUCAGUGAAAACGGGCUCAUUACGGGCGACCCGUUUAGACACCGGGCUAGCGUGAGAAAGACCUACUCCCACUCCCGCCUUGCACCCGUUGUAACCCAAAUAAGACUAAAAUAGCUUCAGUUAACACGGGCACACCCGUUGAGACCCCGGCAUAAGAGAGGCCUACUUCAAAUUUUCAGUGAACACGGGUUCAACACGGGCACACCCGUUGAGAUCCCGGGUCAGCGUGAGAAAGACCUACUCCCACUUUUCAGGGAGACACGUGCCACAGGCGGAAUGAACACCUCGCCCAACGAUCUCCAGGAAACGGAGGGAGUUUUGCCGAGAACCUUCACGCCGACCCAAACGCCAACGGAUGAAAAAAGUCGAGAGCCUCUGAUCAAGCUGGACGAGGUCGACUACGAGAUGGAAGUCUUCCCCUGCCGCACCAUCGGGGUCAGCUUUGUAGAAAAAAAAAACUAGUGGUCCGAAUUAAAGAUCAGAGUUUGAAGAUCAAAGAUCAGAUCACUGGGAAAUUUCCGACAAAUCCUUUUCCUCCGAUUUUUUUUUCAUAAUUUCUACGUCUUUUCUGCUCAUUUGAUCAUCACUGGAAAAAUCGCCGUCUUUAUUUUAAUAUCACAAUUUCAGUUCUGGCUCAAGGCUUUGACCGUCCUUGGCUUUGUCAUUUUCGUUGGCAAGCUUUUGAAAGGCAUAUAUGAUACCAGGUGAACCGGACGCUUUAAGAUUCCAGAUUUUCUUGAAAAAAAAAACCCUUAAAUUUCAAACAAAAUGAGUAAAUUUUCGAUUUUCUUCCAAAAUUUUUCUGACAAUAGGAAAAGUAGUAUAUAGCGCAUCAAUUUCCGUUCAAGGCAGCUUUAUUUUUUUUAUUAUGGUCCGUUUUCCGCGACUUGAAUGGGCGGCACUUCUCUGCGCCCUCCCUAUCUCUCGACGUCUCUCUCAUGUUUACGUGUUAUUUCCAUGUUUCUCUGACCUCGUCGGUGAGAGAACAGGGAGACCCAGACACGCAAAAACUAUCAAGUCGCGGCAAACGGACUAUAUUUGAGAGAAAAUGAUACGUUUUACAUUUUCUGAUUACAACCAGGAUCGCUCAAGGCGCCGCGGUAGCGCUGCGGUUCAAGCUAUAACUUCUUAAUUUUACGGCUAGCUUGGGACGAUGAAGGGGUGUGGCUUGUCUGCGCUCUCCACCAACCAGACAAUCUCUCGUUUUUUAUCGUGUCACGACCCGUUUUUCGAAAGUUCAAGCCAUAUUUGUAUCAGCUAUAUAGUCUGUUCAGAUUUUGAACGUCAAGUCAUCGCUCAAGCUCCACCCCUAAUGGUGCGAUAAACCAACCAGAGAGCGAGCCAUCCACACAGUGUUUCUGGAUGACGUCAUUGCACUUGACAUUAAAAAUCUGAACAGACUCUAUUCCCCAAGUGUCCUCAAACAACCUCUGAAACCUGGAAAAUUCUAAACUUAAGGGGAGGACAAAGCGAUCUCGCCACGAGAUGGUACAUGAUGGCCUUGUACGACGGGAUCAUGGUCUUCGCAUUCAUCGUCGUCUAUUUAUUGCGCAAAAAGCUUAUCUUCAAAGUGCUGACUAUUAUCACGGUGCUUUUCAUUUUCAAAGUUUGCUAAUAGUGAUAGUUUUGACGUAAUAUUGCCCAGUUGAGUUUUUCGAAGUACUCAGGAACUCCAGAUAUGUAUGGGGUAACCGUAGGGACCCUUGGAAGCCUUUCAAAGACUUCAAGACCCUAUAGGGACCCGUUAACGAAGACUUGAAGACCCUAUAGGGACCCCUUAAGCUUUAGGGAUCUAGGGAUGAGACCGUGAGCCUCUCUAGGAACCAUCUAAAACUCAACCCUAUAAUUGGCUAUUUUUCUUCUUGCCCCUUCAGUGACCACUCUGGCGUUCCUAAGUGAAAUAUAGUCUGUUAACAUUUUUAAUGUCAAGUGCAAUGACGUCAUUCAAAAACACUCUGUGGAUGGCUCGCUUUCUGAUUGGUUUAUCGCACCAUAAGGGGCGGAGCUUGAGCGACGACUUGACAUUCAAAAUCUGAACAGACCAUAGCACAAAAACUCUGUAUUCUUUUUCGAUUUUGAAUUGGCGCCAAAAAGUACUGUGUACAGAAAGUAGCUUACCGUAAACCACUUUUUCUGAAAAUCCCAUUCUUUCACUUUUCGACCUUCAAAAGCUUCGGUAAUGGUUAAUUUCACAAUAAGAAUUAGGAGAAAGUUAAAAACGGAAAGGUCCAUGAAUUUUGUCCAUAGAGCAAACUUGCUGUAACAUGCAGAUUUGACAAAGAAUAACUUUGAAUUGAUUUUCCCUUUAAAGCUUGUCGACGCCCUUUUUUUGACCCUUUUGAUAGUGACUCUUGUGAUGGCCUACAUCCGGACCCAUGACAACGAUGAUUUGUUGGAGUUUCGUGAGUGUUUUUUUGGUCGCAUUGAGAAUAGCUUAACAUACUUUCCAGAAUGGCUAGUCCUCGUUCUGAUUUUCUCGUUUUUCCUCCGAGUAAUCCGAGAGUACUGGCUUUUGUACUACAUGUGGAAGGUGGCCUUCUCAAAGUCCUGA